CGCUUCGGCGCCCGCCCCCGGCGUCUUCCUCAACCAGUUCGCCGUGCGCGUCGAGGGUGGCGCGGCCGCUGCCGACGACGUGGCCCACCGCAACGGCUUCGUCAACCUCGGACAGAUUGGCAGUCUCGAUGGUUUCUUCCUCCUCGAGCACCAAAGACUACAUAAACGAUCAACGACGCCGAGCGACCACCACCAUCAUGCGUUAAUGGCUGAGAAGCAGGUGACGUGGGUGCAGCAGCAACGGGAACUGAGGCGCUCAAAGCGCGACCUGGACGCAGCGGCCAGUACUACUCGCAGGCGAGCCGUCCGCGGCAACACCUCCUUCACGGACCCUCUCUACAAGGAACAAUGGUACCUGAAUGGUGGUGCCAAGGGCGGCCUGGACAUGAAUGUGACGGGAGCCUGGAGGAUGGGCUACACCGGCAAGGGCGUCGUCGUCUCCAUACUGGACGACGGCAUACAGACCAACCAUCCCGACCUGGCGCCCAACUACGACCCGCUCGCCAGCACGGAUAUCAACGACAAUGACAGCGACCCGACGCCGCGCGACAACGGCGACAACAAGCACGGCACGCGGUGUGCGGGCGAGGUGGCGGCCGUCGCCUACAACAGCUACUGCGGCGUCGGCGUCGCCUACAACGCCAGCAUCGGCGGUGUUCGCAUGCUUGACGGCACGGUGAACGACGCAGUGGAGGCCCGGGCCCUGGGGCUGAACCCUGAACACGUGGACGUCUACAGCGCCUCGUGGGGGCCGGAGGACGACGGCAAGACGGUGGACGGUCCAGGCCCGCUCGCCAGGAGGGCUUUUGUCCGUGGAGUCACCAGCGGCCGAAAAGGCAAGGGCUCCAUCUUCGUGUGGGCGUCCGGGAACGGCGGUCGCCACACAGACUCCUGCAACUGUGAUGGCUACACCAACUCCAUCUUCACUCUGUCCAUCUCCAGCGCGACGCAGGCGGGGUACAAGCCGUGGUACCUGGAGGAGUGCUCGUCGACGCUGGCGACCACGUACAGCUCGGGCACGCCGGGCCGAGACAAGAGCGUCGCCACCGUGGACAUGGACGGCCGCCUCCGACCCGACCACCUGUGCACCGUCGACCACACAGGCACGUCGGCGUCGGCGCCGCUUGCUGCGGGCAUCGUGGCGCUGGCGCUGCAGGCCAACCCCAACCUGACGUGGCGCGACGUGCAGUACCUGGUGCUCAUCACGUCGCGGCCAGAGCCGCUGCAGAGCGAGGCCGGCUGGGCGCUCAACGGCGUCAACAGGAAGGUUAGCCACAAGUUUGGUUACGGCCUGAUGGAUGCAGGCGCCAUGGUGGCCCUAGCGGAGAAGUGGACCAACGUGCCUACGCAGCACAUCUGCAAAUCCCAAGAGAUCAACGAAGACAGGGAGCUGGAGGCGUCGGCGGGCGCGAGCCUGCGCGUGCACAUGGACGUGUCGGGCUGCACGGGCUCGGCCAGCGAGGUGCGCUUCCUGGAGCACGUGCAGUGCCGCGUGUCGCUGCGCUUCCUGCCGCGCGGCAACCUGCGUGUGCGGCUGACGUCGCCGGCGGGCACGGCGUGCACGCUGCUGUCGCCGCGGCCGCGCGACCUGCUCAGCGCCGCGCUCGACGACUGGGGCUUCCUCAGCGUCCACUACUGGGGCGAGGCACCCGACGGCCGCUGGACGCUCGACAUCGUCAACGCCGGCUCCCGCAGGGCCACGCAGCCCGGGAUGCUAAAGAAGUGGCAGCUCAUCUUCUACGGGACGGCCACGAAGCCGGUGAACGUGCGGUCGAGCGGCGACGGAGGGCCCGGUCCGCCGCCCAGAGCCCCGACGCCGCCGCCCGGAGCAGAGCUGGGGCCUGAGGGCGGCGGGGCGGAGGAGGAGGGCGGCGGCAACGUGCGCGUGCUGCACACGUGCGACGCCGAGUGCGACGCGCAGGGCUGCUACGGCAAGGGGCCCACCCAGUGCAUCGCCUGCCGCCACUACCGGCUAGACAACUCGUGCGUGAGCCGCUGCCCGCCGCGCAGCUUCCCCAGCCAGGGCGGCGUGUGCUGGCCGUGCCACGAGUCCUGCGAGACGUGCGCCGGGCCCGGCCAGGACAGCUGCCUCACCUGCGCGCCCGCCCACCUGCGCCUCACUGACAUCGCCGUCUGCCUCCAGCAGUGCCCUGACGGCUACCUGGAAAAUAUGGAGGAGGGCACGUGUGAGCCGUGCUCGGGCAACUGUGCGACGUGCGUGGAGCGCGCCGACCGCUGCGCCUCAUGUGAACAUCACCUGCUGCUGUACAGCGGCCGCUGCCACGCCGCCUGUCCGCCCGGCACCUUCGAGACUGACGGAAACACGUGCUCGCCUUGCCACGCGACGUGUGAGUCGUGCCGCGGCGGCGCGGGCGCGGCGCAGUGCGUGACGUGCAGGCGCGGCCUGCUUUUCUCCGGCGGCAAGUGCCGCGAGGCGUGUCCGGCGGGUCAGCGGCCCGACGCCCGCCGCCGCGAGUGCGCGGCCUGUCCGCCGGGUUGCCUACACUGCAGCGCCACCGCCUGCCUGGCCUGCGCGCCCGGCUGGACGCUGCACGCCGCCGCCUGUCUGCCACGCGGCAACACGCACUGCGACUCCGCUGAUUUCUACGACGCGGGCGGCGGCCGGUGUCGGCCGUGCCACUCGACGUGCGAGGCGUGCGACGGCGCCACCGAGUCGGCGUGCGUGCGCUGCGCGUCGCCGCUGCUGCUGCAGGGCCGGCGCUGCGCGUCCGCCUGCGACGCGGGUUGGUUCCCCGAGCCGCGCGCCGCCGCCUGCAUGCGCUGCCCGCACGUCUGCACGCGCUGCCAGUCGCCGCUCAACUGCACCGCCUGCGCGCCCGGCCUGCUGCUGCAGAGCGGGCAGUGCCGGCCCGUCUGCGCGCCCGGGUACUACGGGGACCGCGGCGUGUGCGCCAAGUGCUAUCUGAGCUGCGCCACGUGCAGCGGGCCGCGCCGGGACCAGUGCGUCACGUGUCCGCGGGGGUGGCAGCUGGCGGCCGGCGAGUGCCUCCCAGAGUGUCCCGAAGGGUUCUUCCAGACGCCCUUCGGCUGCGAGAAGUGUCACCACUACUGCCGCACCUGCAAUGGCCCGGGUCCGCUGCACUGCACUUCGUGCCCGUCGCGCGCCGAGCUGGACGUGGCUGCGGGACUGUGCGUGUCGUGCCUGGACGCGCAGUACUACGAGCCGCUGACGCAGCGCUGCCUGCGCUGCCACGCGACGUGCCGGACGUGCUCGGGUCCCGGCGCCGGCGGCUGCACGUCGUGCGCGUCGCCGCUGCGCCUGCAGCCCGCUACCGGCCGCUGCGUGCCCUGCUGCGCCAGAGAGCCGCGCGCUGACUGCUGCCCAUGCGACAACCGAACAGGCGAGUGCCACAGCUGGUCGCUGGCGGGCAAGCGCCGCACCAAGCAGCAACAGCAGCAGCAGCAACAAGGCGGCGGCGAGCUGCCAGCGGCGGGCGGCACGUCGCGCGGGGCUGCCUACCUGCCGGGGGUGGGCGAAGCGGCGCCCGCCGUCCUCCACGGCCACGAGGGUGGGCCGCUCGUCGUCGUCGCCUUCGCCAUCUGUGGCUGCAUCGCCGCCGUCUGCCUCUUCACCGUAAUUUUCACCGUUCUGCAGGAGAGGUCGCAGUCUCGGCGUGUAACACCUUCCGACGGCUACAAGAAGCUGGAAUCGACGCCGAGCGUCCGUUUCAAGACGAAAGGCCGCAGUCGGGCGUCGCGACAACCAGCGACGCCUGCCGUCGCCUCGUCAGAGGUGGAACUGCUGGGCGCAUCCUUCACACUCUACAGCGACGACGACACCGACACAGACGUCGACGACCUGGACGACGUUUCGACGCAGUUGUUUACGAGGACUUAGUUUCUCACCCGGCGUCAUUUUGCGUUUAUUGAUUAGACGAGCGUACCACUGGCAUACCAAAAGCGAAACUGUGGUUCUCCUGACAUAUGCAUAAUUGUAUCUCGCGAUCCGAGCGAAAGGUCAUCCAUAUGAUCUCCCCAGUAAUUCGUGCUCAUUUUAGCUGUCGUAAGAAUUUAUUGUUCUUGAACAUCUGUAUACGGCUGCUUAUCUCAUUUCUAACCCUAACAUUUGAACACAGUUCGUUGUAAUGUUGUAAGUCUGAGGACCAAUUUACAAAUUUAGUUUCAAGUAAUGUUUAACGCCCCUGAUUUACUACGAUUCUCAGCAAGAAGCCAAAGAAACUUAAAAAAAAAGGAAGUUGCGCGGCUAAUAUACUGUUCGUACUAGAAGUAGGCUUACAAUAUAUUUGUAAUGUUGUUUCUGUCCUCUUGGUGUUUCGGAGAGCCCACAUAGUCCUAAGAUCUUUUGCGGAAAGAUGAUGUAGCUGUUCAUAAAGUUAACGAGUUUCUCUGGUGAGAUACCAUCAUUAUCGGCGUGUGUGUGCCCCAGAUAUGUCUUUAGUCUUUUAAACGUGGGAGAAAUGUCUAUGUUCCCACUUGCUAGUGGCAGUGAGAGCUGCUGGCGUGGGUGACGGUUUAAAAUAAAGAGAGUGUCACAUUUUUUUUAAUCCAGCGAAAGUGCCUACACUGUAGCUCUAGGUUUGUCUGUAUGUAAGUCAAAUACUACUUGAGGAGCCCUGAUUCGUAACAUGUGACUUCUUCGCUCCGCCUUGAGGAAAUUCCUUUUCACAACCCAAGAUUAUGUGUGUAUUCCACCUGUCACUUGUACCAGCCCAGCAAAGAAAUGGUGAAACAGUUGCGUCAAAAAGGAACUAAAAAUUCUAUCUCUCUUUUCUGUCAUGCUCUCCUACCAGAAAUAAAGUGUAGACAUCGCGCUUCACUUGUGAUUAAUGUUUCAAUGAACUGCAUCUGACUUUUAGUUGAAUUGAUAUUGUUGUCGUUCGGAACAUUAGCCUCAGGCAUCUGGGCCCAUUGGUAAGUUUGUACAUGAAGUUUUUAAUAUUUUUCCAUGUUCACGGUGGAAUUUUAAUCAAAGCGUCUAGAAGUAGUUUGUUGUUACAAUGCCUUUUGUGUGUAUAUCCGUCAACACGCCCCACCUUCUUGCCCUCCCAAAUAUACAAGACUAUAUUUGUUAGAACGUCUAAAUGUUUGACUGAUAAGUACAAUUACCUACUUAUGAGAGAUUGUCCAUUUCCUGAAUAGAUUAAGGGACGCGCGUGAUCAGUAAAGUGAUAUUUAUGUUGAAACAGGAAUAAAGUUUUCGGAGCAAUUACCAGAAAGUAAAAGCUGCGUUCCACGCUAUUAUAAGCUCGCUUCCCUUAAGGUGAAAAUGCUUUCAAUAUUUUCGAAGUGAUAUUUUUGUAAGAUAUGUGAGACACACGUGUCGCGCUGAGGGAUAUUCGUCUCUCCGGUGCGACAGCGGGCAGACAGCGCUUCAGAAGCUACAGCUGAGAUGGUAGUGACCGAGCGGCGCCGAAAAAGUGCUGAAGACUGUAGAUGCUACUGUCAAGUCCUGUUACAACGUUUUGUAUGUGAUAUCUAAAAAAAUUAUUUAUCAUGAUGGAGUGAGUUAUGUGAAAUCUUUUCAAAUGUGUCUAUAAUUACUAUUAUCGUGUAAAUGUUUUGUAACUGGACUGUGGAAAUAAAUUAUUGGUGUAAUUUAUUGUAAA